UUUUGUUGCUAGUGGGGACUGUUGUGUUGUGAAAAUGGCGACGCCUCGUCGCUCCUCCACGCAGCAACAGCCGAGUUCCCUGCUGUCCUCCCCGCCCCGCGGGUCCUCUAUCCCCGUCACCCCUCCUGGUUCUCCUCCGGCACCCACCGACGAUGCCACCCCGCUUCCACAAGGAUCAGCGAUGGAGAACGCGGCUGACGGCGAGGCAACCCCGGCCUCUCCCACCACCACCUCCCCAGCUUUGGCCCUGGUCAGCAGCAGCAGCAGCAGCAGCACUAGCAGCAGCGCUAGCUCCCCGACCACCACCGAGGGUAGCGGGACUAGCCCUGGCUCUACGCCCGACUCGGGUAGCGGUAACCCGGGCAGUAGCACCAGCAGCAGCAGCAGCAGCGGUGGAGGUGGAAGUGCAAACGGGGCUUUCAGGGAGCUGUUCGAAGCCUGUCGAAACGGGGAUGUUUCGAGGGUGAAAAAACUCGUGGAUGCGGUGAAUGUGAACGCCAAAGACAUGGCAGGACGCAAAUCGACACCCCUGCAUUUCGCUGCAGGUUUUGGACGGAAAGACGUGGUGGACCACUUACUUCAGACAGGGGCUAAUGUGCACGCUCGGGACGACGGGGGUCUGAUCCCGCUCCACAACGCCUGCUCAUUCGGUCACUCCGAGGUGGUGUCCUUGUUGCUGUGUCAGGGGGCCGACCCCAAUGCUCGAGACAACUGGAACUACACGCCACUACAUGAAGCUGCCAUCAAGGGCAAGAUAGACGUCUGUAUAGUGUUACUGCAGCAUGGAGCCGACCCCAACAUCCGCAACACCGACGGCAAGUCCGCCCUGGACCUGGCUGAACCCUCCGCCAAGGCCGUGCUCACAGGUGAAUACAAGAAGGAUGAACUGCUGGAGGCAGCGAGGAGUGGGAAUGAGGAGAAGCUAAUGGCUUUGCUCACUCCGCUCAACGUCAACUGCCAUGCGAGUGACGGCCGCAAGUCCACCCCGCUCCACCUGGCAGCAGGAUACAACAGGGUGAGGAUAGUUCAGCUGUUACUACAGCACGGAGCAGAUGUUCACGCCAAGGACAAGGGUGGCCUGGUGCCUCUACAUAAUGCCUGCUCCUAUGGACACUACGAAGUUACUGAGCUCCUGCUAAAGCACGGAGCAUGUGUUAAUGCCAUGGAUCUGUGGCAGUUCACCCCUCUGCAUGAAGCGGCAUCUAAAAACCGAGUGGAGGUCUGCUCCCUGCUGCUGAGCCACGGUGCCGACCCGACCCUGCUCAACUGCCACAGCAAGAGCUCUGUGGACAUGGCGCCCACUCCAGAGCUGAAGGAGAGACUCACAUAUGAGUUUAAGGGCCACUCACUGCUUCAGGCUGCUCGAGAGGCCGACAUGGCCAAGGCUAAGAAGACCCUGGCACUGGAGAUCAUCAACUUCAAACACCCUCACACACACGAGACCGCACUGCAUUGUGCAGUAGCAUCACCUCAUCCCAAAAGGAAACAGGUGACGGAGCUGCUGUUGAGGAAAGGCGCCAAUGUCAAUGAGAAAAAUAAAGAUUUCAUGACUCCUCUCCAUGUGGCAGCAGAGCGGGCUCAUAAUGACAUUAUGGAGGUGCUACAGAAACACGGUGCCAAGGUGAACGCCCUGGACACACUGGGUCAGACGGCGUUGCACCGCGCCGCGCUGGCAGGCCACCUUCAGACUUGCAGGCUGUUGCUAGGAUAUGGGGCAGAUGCCUCGCUGGUGUCACUGCAGGGCUUCACUGCUGCUCAGAUGGGAAAUGAAGCUGUUCAGCAAAUACUCAACGAGAACGUCCCGGUGAGAAACUCAGACGUGGACUACAGACUUCUGGAAGCUGCUAAAGCCGGAGACCUGGACACUGUCAAGUCACUGUGUACGGCUCAGAAUGUGAAUUGCAGAGAUCUGGAGGGACGUCACUCCACGCCUCUUCACUUUGCUGCUGGCUACAACAGAGUGUCAGUGGUGGAGUACCUCCUGCACCACGGGGCCGACGUGCACGCCAAGGACAAAGGCGGUCUGGUUCCCCUCCAUAACGCCUGUUCGUACGGUCACUACGAGGUGGCCGAGCUGCUGGUCAGACACGGAGCCUCAGUCAAUGUGGCCGACUUGUGGAAGUUCACGCCGCUCCAUGAAGCUGCUGCCAAGGGCAAAUAUGAAAUCUGCAAACUGCUGCUCAAGCACGGAGCGGACCCCACCAAGAAGAACCGAGACGGGAACACGCCUCUGGACCUGGUGAAGGAUGGGGACACCGACAUCCAGGACCUGCUCAGAGGAGAUGCUGCACUGCUGGACGCUGCUAAGAAAGGCUGCCUGGCCAGGGUGCAGAAGUUAUGCAGCCCUGACAACAUCAACUGUCGGGACACGCAGGGGCGCAACUCUACCCCGCUGCACUUGGCAGCUGGCUAUAACAACUUGGAGGUAGCAGAGUAUCUGUUGGAACAUGGAGCCGAUGUCAAUGCACAGGACAAAGGAGGACUUAUACCGUUACACAAUGCCGCUUCAUAUGGGCACGUGGACAUAGCUGCCCUGCUGAUCAAGUACAACACAUGCGUCAACGCCACAGACAAGUGGGCGUUUACUCCCCUCCACGAAGCAGCCCAGAAGGGGCGGACUCAGCUCUGCGCUCUGCUGUUGGCCCAUGGAGCCGAUCCCACCAUGAAGAACCAGGAGGGACAGACGCCCCUGGACUUGGCAACAGCUGAUGAUAUCAGAGCACUGCUGAUUGAUGCCAUGCCACCAGAUGCCCUACCAAGCUGUUUAAAACCACAGGCCACUGUGGUGAGUGCGAGUGUGGUGAGCACAGGUGCGGCAGGGGGCGUGGUCAUCUCUCCCUCUCCAUCCCCAUCCUGCCUGUCUGCAGCCAGCAGCAUAGACAACCUGAGCACACCCCUGAGUGACAUCAAUGUGGGUGGGGCCACCGGGACUGCAGACGGAGCAUCUGGGUCCGACAGAAAGGAAGGGGAAACUCUGCUCGACAUGACUAUCAACCAGUUCUUAAAGAGCCUGGGACUGGAACACCUCCGAGACAUCUUCCAGCGGGAACAGAUUUCGCUGGAUGUGUUGGCAGACAUGGGUCAUGAGGAGCUGAAAGAGAUUGGCAUCAACGCUUACGGUCACAGACACAAACUAAUCAAGGGCAUCGAGAGGCUGCUGGGAGGCCAGCAAGGUGCAAAUCCAUACCUGACGUUCCACUGCUCCAGCCAGGGCACCGUGCUGAUCGACCUAGCACCGGACGACAAGGAGUUCCAGUCUGUGGAGGAGGAACUCCAGAGCACGAUCAGAGAGCACCGCGAUGGAGGCAACGCAGGCGGAGUCUUCAGCCGGUACAACAUCAUAAAGAUUCAGAAGGUGGUGAAUAAGAAGCUACGGGAGAGAUAUGCACACAGACAAAAGGAAAUUGCAGACGAGAAUCACAACCACCACAACGAGCGCAUGCUCUUUCAUGGUUCUCCCUUCAUCAAUGCCAUCAUCCAUAAGGGCUUUGACGAGCGCCACGCUUACAUCGGCGGCAUGUUCGGCGCCGGCAUCUACUUUGCUGAGAACUCCUCUAAAAGCAAUCAGUACGUGUAUGGGAUUGGCGGAGGCACGGGAUGUCCCACCCACAAAGACCGCUCCUGUUACGUGUGCCACAGGCAGAUGCUGUUCUGUAGAGUGACGCUCGGGAAGUCGUUUCUUCAGUUCAGUGCGAUGAAAAUGGCCCAUGCCCCCCCUGGACACCACUCCGUUAUAGGUCGGCCCAGUGUCAAUGGACUGGCGUAUGCGGAAUACGUCAUCUACAGAGGGGAACAGGCUUACCCGGAGUACUUGAUCACUUACCAGAUUGUGAAGCCGGAGAGUCUGGCCACACCUGCUGCCACAGCUGAGCAGAAGUCCUAAAAUACGGUCACAGCUAGAUCUGGAGAAGGCUAGACUUCCCCACACUCUAAGAGGACUAGAACUGAACUAGAAGGCGUGUCAAACCUCAGACCCAAAAUUAAAGUCUUUGGAGAUGAACUUGAGGUGGGAGAGUUUGAGUGACGACCAGGCAGGAGGCAGACAAUCCUCAGGAGCAGACGUGGCUGUGUCUAAACAAAAGAAGAAAAAAAGAGGAUGAGGAGGCAGUGUCUUUGAAUUUUGGGGCAUGAUACAUGCACAAUCCAAAGCAGCAGACAGAAAAAAUCUAUCAGGUUCAGUAAUUAAUUGGAUCUAAUUUCGCAAGAGAAAAUGCAAAUGGUUUGAUCAAUUUUUAAAUUUGCAGACCUGUGGCUUGAUCCUAAAAACAAUUGAGAGCAAUUAGAACAGGACACAGUCCAAAGCAAAGCAAGCAUCCCUUAUUUUGCACCUUUGCACUGCUCAUGUAUUCCACCCCCAGUUUUAAUGUGUUGUUCUGGUAUUGUGUCCUCUUUCGGCUUUGUGCAUCAUCCACGGCAACAAAACAACACCCUGAAGCCACUUCCAGGAACAGCAAUUGUCACACUGAGAGAACAGCACAUUUCAUGUUACAGCUUGUCACAUUUUCAACAACGAGGCCCAUGUACACAAGACACAGCUCACAUCCUUCCUGCUGUAAACCAAGAAGAAAUGAGUGUGAGUUUGGAGACGUGAAAGAGAUUAAGGUGGACAAAUAUCCAGAAGUCAAUAAGCUGAAAACAAACACAAGACCACAAUCCACUGCUGCUACAACUGUUGUGUGCAGACUCCCCAGUACAGUUCAUACCAGGACCAUCUUCUACAGCCUCCAGUCAGACUGACCCCGUUCAUAUCCAUACGGUGAAGAGAAACAUGGAUGUUACUUAAAGAUUCUUAGAGGUUUUCGGGUUAACGUGGCCAGAAAAUCAAAAUUCCGAGUUGUGACAAACAAGCGGCAACUACAAUAUAUGAGUGUAAUAAGCUGAGACACCUGUCAAUCAAGCCAACAUGCCCUAAACACACCACUCUCUGAACCUCAGUUUCUUCUUAAUUAAACACGUUCUUAAAUUAGCCAACAAUACACAUGAAAAGAAGUAAAACCUUGAAUUACUACAAAGGUUUUUCCAAUUCAGUUUAAUACUAACAUGGUGGUUGCUGCUUGUUUCACCUCAGCUCAGAUUAAACCAGACCAAACUCUUUUACCAGAACCAGGAAUAACCACAAGGGACCAGACUGUGACACUGUUAAAUGUUACAUGCAUAAACAUACACGCACUGAAUGCAAAUAUGUGCACACACUUGACUCACACUUAUCCUUUACAGCAGUUUUUACAAGUCACUCAAAGCUGCACUUGGCAAGUCAAACUACAACAAAAACAGUUGGGAGAGUUUAGACUUAAAUGCUGAUGAUGAUCCUGAAUCUGGACAUUCACACCUGCUAAACCUGUGUGUCACUCACGUACACUUAACACUUGAACCAUCUUUUCACCUUGUUUGAAUAUUUCUCAGAAGGACCCACGUUUUCCCUGUCACUGUUUACAUGAACCUGCUGCCUUCUGGCCCCUUUCCUCUCUGCCUGUAACUUUUAAUGCCCCCUAGUGGUGCAACAGAGGAAUUGCUGGCUUGCAGUAUUAAUACAUAAAAAUAUAGUAUAUACUUGGAAGGCAUUAGGGGUAAUUUCUACACAUUACUAUUUAGUUUUUUCCCCCUUUUUUUUUCUAAAACAUAAUUCUUUUUUGUGUGUGUUUCCAUCGUUUCCUUGGAAGUUGUCUUUAUUCUCCUGAGUUUACACUCCUUAAACAUAAACAAAAUGUGAAGUGAGCCUUGUCACUGCAUCUUAGCAAGCAGACAGGCUACACAACCAGAAAUCUGCAGGUUAACUGAUCCUGUUGUCCGUAAAGAUGAGCUAUCACACAUCUGUUUGGAGCUAACAUUCAAAGUAACAUUUACGACAGACAACAGCAGGACUACAAACUCCUCACACUACGUACUGUAAACUUUUUUUUUUUACUACACUGACCAUGUUUUUCUGUUAAUAGCUUAUUUAUGAUUAUUAUUUUUAAUGAAUGACACUGUACACUACACAGGACCAUGCAUGAGUUAAUUUUCUGUGAGAUGAAGAGAGCUGAAGCAAUUCCUUGAAACUACAUGGAAUAGAAAGAAAAAUGGCCUUAAAAGUUUUUGAAAAGAAAAACAUUGCCUUUGGAAACUCAUGAUGGAGUUUACCCAAAUCAUGCAGUAGAAAGAUAGAGAUAGCUGGUUUAUAUCUGCUUGUCAAAAGAUUUUUAGACAUCAACAAGGGAAUCUCAGUUUUAAUUUAAACACAAAACUAAAAUAUCAGACUUCUGACUGACAAAGCUGCUCUGAUUUCUUUUUAUCCUGACUCUGCUAUCAUCACAGUGUCUGUCACUCAAACUCAGAUUUCAGCUGAUUUGCACUUUUCGAGGGAAGGUGAAAAUGACGUUGGUCUGAGCUAAGUCAACAAACAUUAAAUCCCCCUUAGAGUGUGACCUGAGCCUAAUAUCUUUGUUUAAUUGAAAGUUGGCUGUCAGCUCAAAAUAGCUUCCCCUCAGUCCAAUAAACUGAGCCUGACAUUUCCGCAUCAGCAUUCUUUCCCUUCAUUUUUACAACACACACACAUUUGAAGGCAAUAUAUCAUCCCAAAAGCAAUGAAUGAUAAGAGAAAUUAUUUGAGCAGUUUCAUAUUUCAACAAAUUAUAAAAAACGAAAAGGAAAUGACUUGAAAAUGAAAAAUUAAGUGAAUAAGUAGACAAAAUAAAAUCUGAUGACUAAAGCAGAACUGAGAAAAACUUAAUCAGCCUGAAAUUAAAUUUUAAUACCAAGAAGUUUUCAAAGGGAAAAUAGGGAAAAUUAAAGAGAGCCGCACUAGGACACCGCACAGUAUAUAUGACCCCUAAGUAAAGGCUUUUUUUUUUUUUUUUUUUUUUUUUUUUUACAUAUUUCACAAAUGCCAAUUUAUAAAGCUCAGAUUACAGUUUAAAAUCUAGCUCUGCCAUUCAAAGUCAUUUCUUCAGAGAGGCUUCAGAUGAAGCAGCAGCAUCACUUUCGCCUCUCUUAGCACAGACAGAGCAGGUGGCGUUUAUGUUGUUGACCUCAGCAGCACUGUAUGUUUUAUUAGCAGUGAUGCCGCGGACGUUGUUUUAAAUAAGAUUAAAUUAAAUCACUCCAGAUGGGCCUUUUAAUGGGUCUUUUAUGGAUUUUGAGUUUUAUCUUUCUUGUUUUUUUGCCCCCCUUUGAAAGACUUUUCAAAGACUUUUUUUUUUUAAUGUGAUAAUUUGAAUUGUGUUUUAGCUGGUCUGCCUCUAUUUAUCUGUAUCAAGAGCCAGUCGGCCAUCUUUUUGUAAAUAGUUUGAAGAGUGUGUGCGUGUGCAGGUGUGUGUUCAGUCAAUCUAUGUCUCACCUUCUGACCUGCCUUCUACAGAAAAAGCCACAAGUUGAAUUAACACAUUUUCUCUUAUGUUACAUUUGGCCUCCUGUUGUACAGACGGUUGUACAGAGCUGCUGACCAGCUAACAUGUGGAACAGAGAAACUCCUCACUCUUGUACAGAAGAAAAUCCUUAAUAAAAGAACUUA